AUGCCAGGAGACGGAGAUGACCGCGCUGCGCUAGUCAACCGACAGCUGCCAGAGAUGACACUGUCAACAGCAGACAACCCUCUCACAGCGCCCAAACCACCCCCACACGACCUUUCUACCGCACAAAGAGCUCAGUAUAGGUUCCAGGUCAAGGGAAACGCAGUUAUCACUGGUGGCGCAGGUACACUUGCACUUGAAGCCGCGCAGGCGCUCCUCGAACAUGGUGCUACAGGCUUGGCCCUAUGGGACAUGAACCCGGAUCAAGCAUUCGAAAGCGUCAAGAAACUCCAUGCCAAGUUUCCCCACGCGCGCAUCAUGACCGAAGCCGUCGAUGUGCGCGACGAGAAAGCCAUUGCAUCGGCCGUAGAAAGCUCCGUCAAGGUGCUGGGCAGUAUAGACAUGCUAUGCUGCUUUGCGGGCGUCGUAGGCUGCACACACGCCAUAGAAAUGGCUGCCGACGAAUGGCGGCGCACACACGACAUCAAUCUCACAGGCUCUUUUCUCUGCGCGCAGGCUGUUGCGAAGCAAUUGCGCGCUCAAGGGACUGGAGGGAGCAUCACCUUUACUGCGAGUAUUUCUGCGCAUCAUACAAACUACCCACAGCCGCAAUGUGCAUACAACUCGUCCAAGACAGCGUUGCUAUCGCUGGCAAAGAGCUUGGCUGCUGAGUGGAGUAGCUUUGGCAUCAGAGUUAACUGCUUGAGCCCAGGCUACAUGGACACGAUACUUAACGACGGUGAUGGUUUGAUUAGAGCGCGCAAGAGCUGGAAUGAGAGGAAUCCGAUGGGCCGUAUGGGUCAUCCGUGGGAACUGACAGGGCCCCUGGUGUUGCUAUGUAGUAACGCGGGACGGUAUAUAAAUGGAACAGACAUUAUCGUGGACGGAGGAGCCAUGGUGUUCUGA